AGAAGCUCAAACUCUACGGUCAGUAUCAUGAUGACUUCUACUCAACAGCAUCAUCGAUGGCAUCAACUACAAAGCAAAUAGACACUCUUGAUCUCUAUGCUGAUCCCAGUGAACGUCCGUCUGCAUUACGUCACCUUGCUCAGUCCCUUUGUACAUGUUGUAAGAUGAAUCAGCAUCAUGAUGACUUCUACUCUUCAUCAUCCUCGAUGGCCUCGACUGCAAAGGAUGAAUGCAACACGAGGUCAACUGUGACUAAUCUGACCGUUACUGAUAUGGCACUAAGAGAAUGGCAGGAUUGUGGUUCGAUGUUUGACAAUGUGAAGAGGAUCACCAUACAGGUAUGGCCCAAGAUCAGAUGUGACGUCAUCCAGAGGAUCCAUCUACCAGCAGCGACAGAGCUCACUAUUCAAACAUAUGAGUAUGGUUGUUACCCAGCUUCUCUCCACGAUGAUCCCACCUCACUACCCAAUGCUCUCCACACGGUCUCAUCUCAGCUUGUCAAGGUCACAUUCCUAGAACUCGACAUCGGUAACUAUCAGACCAAACGCAUCAUUCAAGCUUUCAAAUCAACACACGAUCUCAAAAAUCUGAGGAUCCUGGGAUUCAUAAGAUGUGGGACUGAUGAGAGCUUAGAUCCUUCUAGCAUUGAUUCUAAUGAUGAACAUAGGAUACAGGUGGAGAUAGUACAUGGCAAACCAGAGAGGUAAG